GUGUGAGGGUUAUCAACUGCUCAAGGCAGCUCAUCUCUCUGGCUGGAUGCUGGCAUUUUUGAGAGGGCCUGUUUUCCCAGCCCCUCUGGGUUUGCACCCAUUGGCAGGAAGGGGUCAGCCUGUUCCAGAGGCACCACCUCCACCGAAGAUCCCAACAAGGCAACAUGCCUCCGAAGAAGCCUGAGCCUAAGAAAGAAGCGGCCAAGGCAGCCCCAGCCCCUGCCCCAGCCCCUGCCCCUGCCCCAGCUCCUGAGCCUCCCAAGGAGCCUGCCUUUGACCCCAAGAGUGUAAAGAUAGACUUCACUGCUGACCAGAUUGAAGAGUUCAAAGAGGCUUUUUCGCUGUUUGAUCGGACCCCGACUGGAGACAUGAAGAUCACCUACGGGCAGUGUGGGGACGUGCUGCGGGCGCUGGGCCAGAACCCCACCAACGCCGAGGUGCUGCGCGUCCUGGGCAAGCCCAAGCCUGAAGAGAUGAAUGCCAAGAUGCUGGACUUUGAGACGUUCCUACCCAUCCUGCAGCACAUCUCCCGUAACAAGGAGCAGGGCACCUACGAGGACUUCGUGGAGGGGCUGCGUGUGUUCGACAAGGAGAGCAACGGCACAGUCAUGGGCGCUGAGCUUCGCCAUGUCCUUGCCACCCUGGGAGAGAAGAUGACUGAGGCGGAAGUGGAGCAGCUGUUAGCUGGGCAAGAGGAUGCCAAUGGCUGCAUCAAUUACGAAGCAUUUGUCAAGCACAUCAUGUCUGGGUGAAGCAGGCCCCUCCAGGGCGCCUAGUCCUUGGACCUAGCCUGUCCAGUGUGAGUCAGUGAGAGGCCCAGAGUGACUGAGCUGGAGUAGGCGUCCUGGACUUAACACUGCCCUACAGCCCGAGGACCUCAUGGGCCCAUAGCCCUCCCUGCAAAUAAACAGCUCCAGCAAGGCUGGGCUGCGUUCCCUGA